AUGUUUAAACAUCAAAAAGAACAUCGUGAUACUUCCUCGCUAUUGUGCGCUCGUUUCCAUUCUCCAUUUGGCUUUCCUGAAUUAUUAAAUUAUUUAACACGUGAAGUACUACGUGCACAACCAGAAAACAUUUAUGAAUUCUGUUUGACAACAUGUCAACAAUUGAUAAAUGAACGCGAUAAUGCUAUAUUACCAUCGGAACUAGUAAAAUUAGAUUUACAUUCAGGAUAUAUUGAUGAUCAUGAUCCGUGUAAUAGUAACGUGAAAACAACAAGAUCGAAGAGAGAACAAUUUCAGAAAAUAGCGAAACAUGGUUGUCAUGAUCAAGAACAAGACCUGAUUACACACAAAUUUAUUCAACAACUUAUACAUGAUUCUCUACCCGAACCUGGAGACAUUUGUUUAAAUGAAUAUAAUGAACAAAAAACGAAUUUUUUUGGAACAUGUGACGAUGAUCAAGAAGAUUGCUAUGAUAAUCUAAUAAUUUCUGAUCAUGAUAAGAUAAAUGAAUUUCCAACAGCAACAGUAAUGGUCAACGUCAACAAUGGCGAUUGA